AUGGCUCAAAAUGAACUCGAAUGGCUAGAAUUGAAUUCGUUACCUGCCACUACUAUCAGAUUUAUCAGUAGUGGUCUUCAAUCUUCGUCUCACAUAUUCGGUGCCAUUCGAUUUUACAAGAUUGAUUUUAAUCUAUUCUGGUCUGAGUUGAUAAUCGAAGGUUUAAGUUCUUGCGUAAAUCUUCUCUGUCUGGAUUUUUAUGAAUGCGAUGCAAUUGAGCAAAAUUCGUGGAUAGAAACUGCGAAGUUUUUUACGAAAUUAGAAUUUCUAGCGAUUGAAGGAACAUUCGGAGAAAUGCCACUAGCAUUCAUCAAGCAAAUAAUCGAGACAAGUGGCGAUAAUCUCCUGUAUCUUUUAAUUCAAGAGACUCGAUUUUUAUAUACUUCUGAUGAAGGAAUAGCCAUGGUUGCGGAAUUAUUACCUUUUAUACUUGUACACUCUCGGAAUUUACGAGCUCUAAGUUUGGGAGAGCUAAACUUAGAGCAGAUUUCCUCUUUACCAGAAUCUUGCCCAAAACUCAAGCAUGUCGAUUUCUAUACUUUAAAUAUAAGUGAAGAAUUACCUAGCUUGGGGCAGUCACUUCCACCACAAAUUAGUUCGCUUGCAAUUUAUGGGGCAGCGCUUACACAUGCGGGAGGAUAUUUUUAUGGAUUCAAUAAAAAUUUCUUGGAGGCUAUUUGUUGCCACGUAAAGUAUCUUUCUAUCUUUAUCGAUGUUGAAGAUAUUGGUUAUGCUACAGAUGAAAUCGAAUUCUAUGGGAUCAAAUAUAUUGAAAAGCCUUUUCAUGAUGUGAUUUAUCCAAGUUAUUUUCCGCAAUUUUAA